CUACGUGGCUGCACAUCGUCGUACUCCCCCAUCGCAAUGGCCAUGGCCCAAACGGCACGCACCGCCACGGGAAGGCGACCGACGCACGACUACCAGAUCUCGCUGAAGCACCGCUCCAAGUCCGCCAAUCCGGCGCAACUGCGUCCACUCAGCGGCGUCCACGGAGCGGCCGUUUCGUCCCGCCCGCGCUACGUGCCGCCCUUCUCCAUUCAGUCGCAGCAGAAGAACACCGUCGUCAUCGACGGACCCAUCCACGAGUCCGCCCCCAAGACAGCCAGCGCCAGGGGGCGGGUACCCAACCCGAAAAUUCUGAGGCGCCAGCAAAAGUCCAUGUCCACCUUUAAUUUGGGAAUGGGGCUGAAUGGAUGUUCUGCGGGAGGAGCCAACGAUCCGGGUCGAGGAACCCUGUUUCGAAUGUACUUCGACCGGGGGGACCUGCCCAUCAAGAUGGAAUACCUCUGCGGUGGCGAUAAGAUCGGCUGGACGGUGGACAUCGAAAAGCUGGACUACAGCCUCUAUCUGCCGCUCUUCUUCGACGGACUGGCGGAGACCAAGCACCCGUACAAGACGUACGCCCGCCAGGGAGUCACGGACUUGCUGAUGGCCGGGGGCGAGAAGAUACACCCAGUGAUACCGCAAUUAAUAUUGCCGCUGAAGAACGCAUUGAGCACACGAAACCUGGAGGUAAUGUGCACGACAUUGAAGAUAAUCCAACAGCUGGUCAUGUCCUCGGAUUUGGUGGGUCCCGCCCUGGUUCCCUUCUACAGACAGUUGCUGCCCAUGUUUAAUGCCUUCAAGGUGAAAAACUUGAACUGUGGCGAUGAGAUCGACUACGCCCAAAAGAACAACCUCAAUUUGGGUGACCUAAUCGAUGAGACGUUGCAAGUGCUGGAGUUGCAUGGCGGAGAGGAUGCCUUCAUCAACAUCAAGUACAUGGUUCCAACCUACGAGUCCUGCUAUUUAAAUUGAUUUACGCUUCAUGGUUUUGUCCCUUUACAUGCAAUAUCAUAAGUAUUUAUUGAAGUUUACAAACAUUACAGAAUUAAAUAGAUAUUUGUUACGAA